AUGGCGUUCCCCUAUAUCGACACGCCGCGCACCGAAGUCGAUGGGAACGCGACUUACUUGACCAACGGUUUUCGCAGCGUUGGACGAACUCACCUUUCCGCUCUCGACUCCGUGGAAAACUCUUUCCACACGCCAUCGAAAGAUAAUGAUGUUAUUAAAGGAUUUGGAGAUGGAAGAAAACGUGAUUCAGCCAACUACAAGUCCAGCACCCCGCGUGCCGGUACUUCCUCAAGGCCAGCAAGAAGCGCGUUGAGAAACCUGCCCGCAGCAGGAGCGGCCAAGGGAGAAUUUACACCACUUAUGAGGAGCGCGACCAAGAACAAUUUUUUGAGGAACGGAUCUGCAAUUCGAGGCAUAGACGACCCGAAGACUCCGGCCUACCUGCGAGAGGGCCGGGGAGCCGCCUACACCCCUGGUUUACCCACAAUCGAUAUGUCUGAUAUGUACGAAGAUGAUGCAACAAGCGACCAAGCGACGCCAAUUCCUCAUGUUGCCAGCAGCAGCGCCCAGAGUACGCCACUGCCCGGCCUAUUGGGACGCCACGGUUCCGGAGUUUUGGGCGAGGGGCAAAACAUGACAUUGAAAGAGCAAGAACGAAUCAUCGACCGGCUCGACAAAGACAACUGGAACCUGAAGCUCAAAAUCCACUACCUAGAGGAGCAAAUCGAGAAGGCUGGACCCGAAUAUAACAGCGCGGCUCUUAGGGAGAACACCGAGCUGAAAGUCUUGCGAUUGACUAUGCAGCGUGACAUUUCUCGAUACAAAAAGAGUCUCCUGCAGGCCGAACGCGACUUGGAAGAUUAUCGAGUGCAACUCAUGGAAAUGAGAGACAAGUCCCGACGACGACAACCCGAUGAAGAAGUACAACGUGAGAUGGAUACUAUGCGUGAAGAGGUGGAGUCCCGGGACAAUGAAAUCAGAGAGCUUCGUGAAGAAGUGAGGUUGCUCAAGGACAGUCAAUCCCAAGAAGUUGAGAAACUUCGCGAUGAUGUGGAAGAUCUCGAGGCCACAGUGCGUGAAAAAGACCGAGCUCUCGAUGAGCGUGAGGAGGAAUUGGAGGAGCUCCGGCAGAAAGGCAAGGAAAGCGAUGCAGCUGCUGAGCUUCAAGCCGAGCUCGAUCGAGCAAAAGAACAGGUCAAAGAACUGCAGGAGAGUCUCGAACGAUCCAAAUCAGAAAUCCAGGAAGCGAACGAGCUCGCGCGGCAGGCCAGGGAUGAGAAAGACCGAGCCGAAGACGACCUUCGCGAAUUGCAGGAUGAGAUGUCAAAUAAGUCUGUCAUGACCAAAGGUCUAAGUCGACAAAUGGAGGACCGAGCAGAGAGGCUCGAGGAAGAGAUUCGUGCUUUGCGACGAGAGAACGAUGCUCUCAAAACGGAAGUCGAAAACAAGUCGGAACAUGCGGCUCGCCUGGAGGAGCGCUAUCAAAAUGUUCAAUUGGGUCUGAAGAGCGAUGCUGGCAAGUUAAAUCAAGAUCUUGAAGCAGCUCGUCACGAACGCGACUUGGCCCAGAGAGAGCAAGAAAGGACAUCUGCUCGACUUAAGGAAGCCCUUGACGAUAUCCAACGCCGAACGGAUGAGAAAGAGCUUCUGCAGACUCGGCACCAGGCAUUGACCGAAGAAUCCGGCGGCCUGCAAAGCGAGUUAUCUCGAUCGCAAUCUCGAAUUCGUGAGCUCCAACAAGCUGUCGAAGAGGCCACCAAUCGCGCCCAGGACAAUCAAAACCUUCGUUGGCAACACAAAGUAGAGAUUGAACGUUUGCAAGACGAGAUCGAAGCUCUCCAACACGAGAUCGAGGAUAAAGAGGGACACUUCGCCCUUGAGCAGGAGAGGUGGGAGAGCACCAAACGGUCCUUCCAGUCUCAGAAGGAGCGCACCGAAGAACAAGCUGCAGGACUCAAGCGAACGAUCGAAAUGCUGCAGCAAGCAGAACACACUCUUUCCGGCAAGGAGUACAAGCUUCAAGAUGCUAUCGAUAGCGAGAAGCAGCGGCACGAGCAGGAGGAAGCGGUGCUGAAUCGCCAAAUCAAAGAUCUAGGUGACGAGCUAACCCAGAAGAGACGUAUCAUAGAUGAGCAGCGCUCUGAUCUUCUUACCGUGCGAGAGGAACUCCGUGUUUCUCGGCGUGAGGAGCAAUCCCUUCGGGAGAGGGUGCAGGCCCUAGAAGAUGAGGUUGUUGUGUUGCAAUCAAGCUUGGCAGAUGAGCAAGAGUACGCAAAGGGUCGACAGCAGAAGGGCUCUUCUGACGUGGAAAAUCAAUUGCAAAAAGCAAUCGCCGACAGACAAACCCUGCGCGACCAACUUGCUAAUGCUCACGUUGAACUGCACGACUUGCGAACUUCCAUCGCCGAGGUCGAAGCCGAACGAGAUGAGCUCCACGCUCAGCUGAACCGAGGCAAAACUGCCGAUGACACUACACGAUUUGACAGCGAGAAGGUCGAACUCAGGAGGAUUGCGACUCGUCUUGAGACCGAACUCAAGCGACUGCGAGAUGAUAAAGAAGCCCUCAUGGAGGCCAAAGAAAUUCUAGAAAAGCAGCUCGGUUCCGAGAUUGAACGUGCCAGUUUAGAAGAGGGUCGUCUUUCAGCUGAGAUUGAUCGUCUCCAGGACAAGGUGCUAGCGGGCUCCGGUCAUCGGGACCGCGAGUUGACUACGGCCAGGACUAAGGUUCAACGGCUUGAGCGACGCGUUCAAGAAUUGGAGAUGCUUCUUGAGCAUCAGGCUCCCUUGGAGAAUGAACAGUCAACCGCCCAUGGAGACCUGUCGGUCCUUCGCCAGAGCCUGGAAGAGGCCCGCAGACGUGAGAAAACUCUUCUGCAGCGCGAAGCUGAACAAAAAGCUUAUGCUCGUACCUUGAAGUCCCGAGUUUCUGAUUUGGAGCGAGACCUUCACGACGCUCUCAUCAACAAGUUUGACUCGCACUCUUUGCAAAACUCCCCAUCUAACAAGCUUCACGAAGAGCUCAAGUCUCUACGAAAGCAAUUAACGGAUGCGCAUAAGGCUCUAAAAGAAGUCAAGAUCAAGAACCGUGACCUUGAGCGAGCAGCUAUGGGAGAAGAGGAUCAGAAGGACCUGCAUGAGUUACUCAAGUCAUCAACCCUUGAAGCUGAGUCUCUGGCACUCAAGGUAUCUGAGCGAGAUUCACGGUUAAACGAGCUCAAGAACCAACUUCGUCGAGUCCGUGAAGAGCGAGCAUUCUGCGUGCGCAAGGUCGAAGCAGUCACAAAGGAUUUGGAAGCCUUACAACAACGCUACAAUGAAGCUCUAGAGAAGGUCUCAAUUGGGAAAUCAUCCAGCAAGACCCGCCACGAAAAAGAAAUCCGCGGGCUAGGCAAGGAAAUCAUCUGGCUGCGAGCCCGCUUGCACCGCGAGGAGAAGUUCCGUCGCGACCUGGCAUGGAGCAAGGGCCUAAUGGAAUUGGGUGAACGCGUUCGUGUUGCAUGUAACGAAGCCGACCUUCGCAUGAUUUCCGAUAUGGGCGUUCAAUCUCGCGACCGCAAUUCAGUCCGCACUCCACGCCGCAAGCUCCGCUCUGCUAUUUCGCUGGUCGUGGCCACUGUUCGCAUGCAAAAGAUGGGCCAGGAAUGGUCGCGGGCUAAGAAGCUUGGCGAGGGCUUAAAACGAGCCAAGAGCGAGAUGCUUAAGCGUCGCGAAAGCUCAACCAAAAGCCCCCUUGCCCGGUAG